CGUUCUCUUCUGCUGCCUGCCUUUCUCUCUUCUGGCGUCCGCGUGUGUGUGCAUUUCACUGUACUGCUUUCAUCUCCCGCUCUUUCUUCACCUGCUCCGCGCUAGUGCUGGAACCAAGAAAGCCUCAUGCGGCGGCGGCUGGCCGAGGUGCGGUAGAGCGGCGGAGAUGGGCUGGGCACCCAGGUGGUUGCGCGGGCUGCUCGGCGGCGGCGGCAGGAAGGCCGCCGACACAAGGCCGGUGAAGGAGAAGAAGCGCUGGGGGUUCGGCAAGUCCUUCCGGGAGAAGCCCCCCGCGCCAGUGCCGGCGCGGCCUCCGACUCCGACGCCUCCGUCGCAUCCCGCGGCGACGCCUCGCCGGGGCUAUGCAGCGGCGGAUGAGGCGGGCGACGAGCAGAGCAAGCGCGCUAUCGCGGUGGCCGCGGCGACGGCGGCGGUGGCAGAGGCCGCCGUCGCUGCCGCCCAGGCCGCCGCCGCCGUGGUGCGGCUGACGAGCAGCGGGCGGUGCGCGCCGCCGGCCGCCGCGAAGCGGGAGCAGUGGGCGGCCGUUCGGAUCCAGGCCGCUUUCCGUGGCUACCUGGCGAGGCGGGCGCUGAAGGCGUUGCGGGGGCUGGUGAAGCUGCAGGCGCUGGUCCGGGGCAACAUCGUGCGGCGGCAGGCGGCGGAGACGCUGCGAUGCAUGCACGCGCUCGUCCGCGUCCAGGCGCGCGCGCGCGCCUGCCGCGCAAUUCGCUCGCAGCAUGUCACGGCGCAUCCGGAUCCGCCGACGCCGGAGAAGUACGAGCAGGCGGGUGCGCCCAGGCACGGCCGUUCCGGCUCUCUGAAGGCGAACUCUUCGAGGACACCGGGCGGCGAGAGGCUGGGCAGGGAGAGGUCGGAAUCCUGCGGGAGGAACUGGCUGGACCGCUGGGUGGAGGAGAGGUACAUGGACGACGAGAAGAACGCCAAGAUUCUCGAGGUGGACAACGGCAAGCCACGGCGCCGGUAUGCUUCCAAGAGGCGCGGCGGCGGCGGCGGAAACCACCACCACCACCACCAGUCGCCGUGCUCGACGACGAUGGGUUCCGAGCAGAACAGCCGGAGCUACGCGACCAUGGCGGAGUCGCCGUCCAAGGACUCGACGACCGCGCAGCAGUCGGUGCCGAGCCCGGCGUCGGUGGGCAUGGCCGAGGAGGCCCUGAGCCCGCUGCGCGUGCCCGUGCCCGCGGACGUGGCCGAGCUCUGCGACAGCCCCCAGUUCUUCUCGGCCACGUCGUCGCGGCCCGGGAGCUCGAGGCGGGGCCCGUUCACGCCGACGGCCAAGAGCGAGUGCUCGCGCAGCCUCUUCGGCGGCUACUCCGACUACCCGAACUACAUGGCCAACACGGAGUCGUUCCGCGCCAAGGCGCGGUCGCAGAGCGCGCCCAAGCAGAGGCCGCAGUACGAGAGGUCCAGCUCCCUACGCAGGGCGUCGGCGGCGCAGAGGUCGGCGGCGGCGGCGGCCUCCUCCCUGCACGCCAAGUUCACCAACAAGGCGUACCCGGGCUCUGGCAGGCUGGAUCGGCUUGGCUUGCCGGCCAGGUACUGAUCCUGAUCCUGAUCCUGCCUAAUUCGCGCCAGGGAUGAUGUGCUGCCGCUGUGUCUCGAGCGAGGACGACGACGAAGAAGUGCAAUCGACUAGUGGUAGUUAGGUUCCGUGCCUUGGUUGUGCUAUUACCAUCAACAGUUUUUCUGUUUCUUGCUUUGUGUAGCUAGCCAUGUCUAAAGUUGCUGGUAGCUGUAAUGAUGCUAUAAUGCGUGCUUAACUGCUGACGAACCUUUUCCUCUACAUUUCCGUGGU